AGGCUGAGGGUGAGGGGUUUACACGCUUGUCCCAAGACAGCCUCCAGGAGCCAGUCCUCUCCUCCAGCCCAGAGAGCACCCGAACACACUCCUACAGCCGGCUACCAAACGCACUGCACAUCACCAGCCCAAAAUCACAGAGUCACAGAGAGCAGCGACGGCUGUCAGCCUCACCAAACACUGAGAAAGUCACGAACAUCAACCAGCAAUUCCUUCUCUUUCUCAAUAUCCAUGCUAUUUAGGUACUUCAUUAUUUAUUUAUUUAUUUAUUUAUUCCUCAAGGAAAUACAUUCUUGCUCCUGGUUGCAAAUUAACAGAGUGUCCUGCAAGUGGGUCUGAUCUGGUCGGUCGCUACGUGCCUCGCCUAAGCGCAAGGCUGUAAGUCUUAGCCCCGAAUAGCAACGCUCCACGGUUCCUAAAGGAGAACUGUUUUAUUUUAGCUAGUGCAAACAUAUGUGCAUCAACACUCUUCUCGACAGACGACUCCUGAGCCCAAACAGAUCGGUUUUAUUUCAAUCCCGUCCCGCUCGUCUUUUGGAAGCCUCCAACUACCGAACGGCGUCAAGCAUUUCCAUGGGUUUUUCACUUGGGUUGUUUUUUUGGUCCUUUAGUCCAUCUCCUAAAAACUCACCGAAUGACGCACGAACGCUGUUUGCGCCCGUCUUCGGAAAGAACAAGUGGUUGGUGUGAUAUUACUCGGUUUUAUGAUACCUCUGCUUUUUCCCCAACAAAUACACAAAGCUCCAAAUUCACCCGAAGACGCACAGAAGUCUCGCUUACCGAACAAACUAUCGCAAAGUCACGAAAAGCCCCGCAGACCGAACACACGCUUCACCCUUCCCACACCGCUUUCGUACGUCAAAGCGAAACACCGAGAGAACCUUUAGCUCUUCAUCCGUACGCCGCCGAAACGACGCAUUUUCAGGGGACGCUCCGCGCCAGGUGACAAGGGAAGAGGAGGAUUAAAGAAGUGAAAGCUUGGAGCAGAGUAAGGAAGAAUGUGGUGGAAAGAAAAUAAUCACAGCUCUUUAGAAGACAAGUGAUCAGAGAUGUUUUGUUUUAGAGCCAUCCUUUAUCACUUUAUUUGCUGUGGCUGGGCUUAUCAACUCUAUACAGGUGAGGUGCAGGGUCUAUUGAGAUUAUUCUGUUUAGGUCUGAUCCUGUCACCUGUGGGGAUGAGCGAGGAGAUGAUGAGAAAACUCAGACAGAGUAAAGAAGCGUACAGAAUAUGGAAAGGGGAACAGGGCACUUGGGAUGAAUAUAGGAAUGUUGUCGGAGUAUGCAUGGAUGUGAUAAGAAAGGCUGAGACCCAUUUGGAAUUCAUCUGGCAAGGAGUGUGAAGGACAAGAAGAAAGACUUCUUCAAAUAUAUCAGGAGCAAAAGGAAGACUAGCAAAAAUGUGAGCCCACUACUGGACGGGGCUGGGUCCUGCAUCUGCCAAGGAAUAACCCUAUGCACCAGUACAGGAUGGGGGCUGACCUACCAGAAAGCAGCCCUACAGAGAAGGACCUGGGAGUCCUUGUAGACAGCAGGCUGAGCAUGAGCCAGCAGUGUGCCCUUUGUGGCCAAGAAGACCAAUGGUAUCCUGGGCUUCAUUAGGAAGAGUGUUGCCAGCACGUCCAGGGAGGAUCUUCCCCUCUACUCAGCCCUAGUUAAGCAACAUCUGGAGUACUGUAUGCAGUUCUGGGCUCAGCAGUACAAGAUAGGGAAGGGAGCUCCUAGAGUGAGUCCGGCAAAUGGCUACAAAGAUGCUUAAGAGGAUGCAACAUCUCUCCUAUGAGGAAAGUCUGAAGGAGCUGGGCCUGUUAAACCUGAAGAAGCCUGAGAGGGUAUCUUAUUGUGUACAAAUAUCUUAAGGGAGGGUAUCAAUAGAAAGGGGUCAGGCUGUUUUCUGUGGUGCCUGGCAAAGGAUGAGGCAACAGGCUCAAACUGAAACAGGGGAAGUUUUAUCUGCAUAUGAGAAAAAACUUCUUUGAGAGUGGCUGAGUACUGGAACAGGCUGCCCAGAGAGGUUGUGGAGUCUCCUUCUCUGGAGAUACUCAAAACCCAGAUGGACAUGAUCCAAGUACUCUAGGUGACUGCUCGAAGCAAGGAGAUUGGAUCAUUGUUCUAUGAUACUACGAGUAGAUGAUCCCAAUUGGUCCCCUCCAACCCCAACCAACUGUGAUAGAUAAAUGCCAGAAGAACACUGAACUGAAGAAUAAAGGGUACCCUGUCAGAUUCCAGAAACUCCAUGGCUAUACUGUUCAAAUGUUUCAAUAACCUAUUCAAAACUUUUCCAUUAUUAUUUUCUGCAAAGCAACUCAAUUUUUUUCUCAUAUUUUUCCCAGCAGAGGCUAGUAAUGAUUACACCAUAUCAUUCUAAUUUGUAGGAUUUAAUAAGCUUCUUCUAAAAAAGAGAGGAAAACUGAAAAAAUAAUCAUUUCCUUCUUUAAUUUGCCAGACGUCGUUGUUUUUAAAACUCUGGUCACUCUUGUUGCCCUACACUGAUUUUCUUUUGGGGAUCUUUUUUACUUGAAGUAUUGUGUUUUAAAACUAGGCACUGCUUGAUUUCUGUAGUUAUUGUAGCUUCUUAUUUAAAACCAAUAUUCUCAUGUGGCAAAAUGGGCAGGAUGAUGUUUGUCCAUCACAGCUCAGUUCUUCAGUGGAAAACAUAGGCAAAGCAGGAAUAACAAAGCAGUUAAUUAUCAUUCCCUGGAGGAAAUGUAAGCUGUGGAACAUGAAUAUUCAAAAAGUCUAAUCAAUACGUAAAUUAAUUAUUCAGUUGUACAUUUAAUAAAAUGAUAUAAAGUUAUCCAGUCGGUACUUUGCAGCUUUCUAAAGUAUCCAGUUCAACCACACUAAAAUCUUUGGAAAGAGGGCAGAGUAUGUGUUUAUGCCAAAACAGCUUAACUUUGUAUGCCACUACUACUCUCCCUUCAAAGGUUAUAGAAAUUUUCCAGAAUAGUCUAAACACUCCCUUUUUUUUUUUUUUUUCCAUAAAAAGACUGCAGACUAAGAUAAGGCACCCUUAUUUUUAUUGCACAACCCUGAUCUGCUCACUGCACUGUACUAUUCUUGCUGGUUCUUUGUACACCAAAGAGUGGUAAGAUUAAUUAAAGCAACCUGGCUGCCUAGGGGAGCUGCAUGAGAAUAUCCUGAGCCAUAUUUCAAGCGAAGACUUCUGCACAUUGUGUCAGUGGCAGCCAUCAUGGUCAGGAAAUUUUCCUGCCUGAACAAUGCCAGCCUUAUGCAAUAGCCCUCCCCACAGCUCUAAAGAUGACAAGUCUCAGCAGGAAGAAAAAAAUGAAGCAACGGUGAUUUCUAGUGAUGUUCUGCAGUGAUUUGGAAACUUUCCACCUUCAAGCCUUCGCUUCCCUGUGUGGAGAAAGACCAUGGCUGGAACUUGCACUGGUGCCACUGGUAACCUUGCCUUUAUUAAACAAUUUUGGGAAAUGGGAAGUAGGGGAGUGAUGCAUUUGCAAUGUACUGCAAAAGAUGGACCUGUAAAACUUCUGUUUUCUCAUCCCCCGUUUUCAAAAUGUAGCUACACCGUGUGAUCUCUCUGGGCAUUCCAGAGACACACGUUAAUCAGUUACUGACACCUGCAGACUUCUACCAGCCUGUCUAAGUGCUGGUCCUCUACUGAGCUCUAACUUCUUCAGGUAUUCUUCCUCCACAGAACCUGCAGUCCUUCAUAACCUCUUCACAAUAUGCGUAUGCCAUAUAGAAACAGAAGUCUUGCACGGCAAAGAGCUCUCUCCCCUUCCAGCAGCUGACUCCUUUCUUGUGAGCAUCUGUGCCAAUCCCAGCACAGGUCUCCUCCCACUGCAGUAAGACAUAAAAAAACAUGAGGAAUCAUCUUAAACACUCCCUCUUGCAUGCCAACUGGAAAACUGUUGUUUCUGAGUCACUGCUGGGGCUUUGAGUACUCUCUUCAUAUGUCUCUUAUGCACUAGUCCUACUCUGACAGACAGUGUGGGAAGAGUGUAAGUGUUACCAUUCCAGGAGUCAUUCCCUACUGUCCUCAAAGCCAGAGGAGAGGGAUUGAGGCAAGAGUGUGCUGCUGUUCAUUUCUGCUGGGUCAUCUUACGCUCAUCUCACAGGGGCACAGGGAUUUCCUGUGAUGCAGGAAGUGCAAAGCAUCUGCCCUAAGCUUUUUGUCAGCAGAACUUUAAUGCACCAAAGAUUCAUUUACUUGCAGAUUUUUUGGAGCAGCCCAAAUAUAACCUUUCUUUUUUUUUUUUCCCCACACUGCUAAAAUAUUUAGGAGUACUCUGCACUGCUGAAAUUCCCAAGCAUUUUCCUUAGAAAAAAUGCAGGUGUUUGUAAAUGUAUCUCUUUGCUCAGUUUAUUCAUUCUGCUCCUUCCUUUUACUAGUAAUUGGAGGAAGCUUGUCAAAAUUAUUAUACCCUGGAAUGGCAAAGCUUUGCUUUGCUUUAAGAAGGUGAAAGACUGCAGCGAUGACAUUCUAAACAAAUUGGAUAUCUGUGUUUAGAAAUGUGACUUGGCAAGCAGAAAACUAUACCUGGCACAUGGUUGAUUGAUUGCAUGUUGUAAUGUUAUGUUCUAAUUUCUUAGUAUGCUGACUUCAAGUGGCUUGUGGUCACUGAUUACAAGUUACACUGAUUAUCCCAUUCACCUUCUGAUUCAGUUCUUCGUUAUUCUUUUCCAAUAUGUGAGCUAUAGACAAAUAUUUUAAAAUACAAAAUGUGAUGUCAUCACAGACAUCACACAAUUAAGAGAUCUUGUAAUCUCUUAACAACCAUUCAUACAUGCCCUGUGGACUUAGUGAAGUUAGAUUCUCUUAGCUUUCCAAUUUAGUGUUGACUAUUUUUAGAUAACAUUGAGUAUCUUAUAUAGCAAGAGAGACAUAUGGAAAAGACCAGAUAAAAGUUAUUUUAAAGUUGGAAUACUGAUUCUGUCUGCGUAAGUUAAAUGUUUCUGACAGAAACAUCUGACAGGAACAACACAAUAUUUGCAGAAUCAUAGUCUGAAAGCAUGUUUUUAUUUCAGUUAAGAAUCACUUUGUAUUCCUUUGUUUUGCUAACGAACAAUUAGGUACUAAUCAUUAACUUCCAGUCAAAAUGCAGAUUUAAAACCCAUUUUCUACUCAGGCUGUGUAGAUCUUCCUCAGACACCCAAAACUACGCUGCAUGAGAAGAAGCGAACAGAUUCUUUAAGAAAUCAGCUGGUUUAUUCCUCUGUCCAAGUUCAAAGUCAGUGAAGCCUGGCUUUCUUAGCAAGCAGAAGGAAGAGAGGGGAAGAGACAGAUACAUGAGGUAUUCCUUUGAUGAGCAUGUCAGUCUUUCCUUUAGUCAAUUUCUCCUGUGGUUUUUGUGGUAUACAGUAUGAUAUACAGCACGUGCAUUACCAAGUGCAUUCGCUUCAUAUGAUGACUGACAUCUGUCUCUUGUUUAUUAUUGCACUGUUGACACGCUCCACAAAACUAAAAGCAAGAAAUCUGUCCUUUUGAAAACACAGGUAUCAGCAACAGCAAUGCUCAGUGAGUCAAAUAUCCCUGGUGGCUUUCUUACUUACAGUUUUUCGGGUGUAUCAAAAAAAGUGAGAGUUGAGCUGGGCAGUACUCCAGAGAAGAGUCCCUCACAAUGUCUCCUCCAGGAAUCACCCUAAGCUGCCAGCGCAGUAUAGCGCCUUAGCUGUCUGUAGAUACCAUCUGACAGAUCUCUCAGGUGUGGAAAUUGUUCUCAGGCUUCUGGAACAGAUAUCUUUUGCUGAAAUUGUGUCAAGGAAGAAAGUGUAGAGAUGGUCAUUUCAGAACUGUACAUCGGGAAUGCCAGUGAAGCAGAGAAGAAAAAGUGAUAUCUGGUGGGAGAGAUGAGAAUGAGGGCAAGCCCAUGACGCGUAUUGCUUUUGUAGGCUUUGAACAUCCUGACACCAAUUUUCCUGGUAAAAUGGGAAGUGCUGUCAUGCUUUCUGCUCAAACAGUUUGUAUGUUCUUUGUGUGAAUGUAGUGUUGUGUGGGGAAGAAAAGAAAGGCAGGACAAAGAUGUUCGGGACCUGCCAUGAGUGGUCAUGACCAUAAUAUUUCUAGAACAGAGCUGAUCUAUUGAUUGUAUUCAUGCUUGUAUAAAGCACGGAGCUCAGACCCACAGAUCCUUCGGGACCUCUGACUUUUUGCAUCUGUGCCCUGCUCGUUCCCAGCCAUGUUUCACAUUGGCAGUGAUAGAUGCAUAUGUGUGGUAGAGCAUCUUUUACCUUCCUUAUCUCUGCUACUGAUCAUGAUGUUGCCAGUACUUCUCUUAUCUUGCAAUUACAAUAACUCCUAAGCAGCUCAGGUGCUGCAGCUGACUACCUGGCUGGGCAGUGCAGCCAAUAAACCCUCCCAGAUUUCAGAGCAUCGGAUAUUAGUAUUAAACAUUCACAGAACAUUGAGACUUUGCCCAAGAUGGACCUGAGCUUAUUGAUGUUUCCCAGAGUACUUAAUGCAGCCCAGAAACAAUUUGGAUAUUCUGCUGGCCAGCACACUGCAAAAUCUGUGGAAAAUAGUGACAUUAGGACCUAGCAGGAGUACUCCAGAUUCACCCAGACAGGCAGUGGUCCUUAGUUCCUUGUUUACAUUCUAUUUCUUUAGUAAUACAAUAAAUAUCAAGUAACUCUUCUGGAACUUGAGAUAGGGAUCUGUAGCAUUUUUUCAAUCUUGGCACGAACUGUCAUUAUUAAAAACAAAAAUCAGCAUGAGGGAAUGGGAGAUGAGACCAGGCAACUUACCAUAGAUGAUCCUUCUGUUGAAGUGCAGGAAACUGAUAAUAUCUGUACAUUUGGCUUCAUUGUCAUUCGUGCAAGAGCCCAGAUAGCAGCAGUCCACAGGUUCCUCUCUUCUGCCCACUUAGUCUUCAGAUUUUCCCCAAAGUGAACAGAAUCAGAGAAAAGAGAACAUUUGGCUUAUUUUACUAUACAGUGCGUGGUUUACUAUUUACUCUUUGAAUAAUCUCACUCAUGUUUGGAAAAUUCCUAGAUAUUUUUAUAUACUACAAAUGUACUGGCAAAUACAAAAGCUACUUCUAUGCUUAGCUUAUGUCCUCCAGGUGUUUGCUUAUUCACUUUGCAAUGAGAUCCCAGACCAUGGAACUGGUGGCGGUGGGUGACGGGACAAGUCCCUCUUGGCAGGAUGGAUUGUGUGAGAAGCUGACCAGAGUGGCAUGCAUUGCUUUUGAAUUCUUUCUUGCAACUUUUUAGAGCUAUACCAUUAAAACAAAUCUCUGGUGGUGAUGGGUUAUGUUUUUAUGUAGUGACAGAGGGCUGAGAGAAGGAUUUUUCACACUUGAUGAUGGAGGAGCCCCUGGCAAGGAGAGAAAAGCCCUUGGUUAUAGAUGUGGAUACCAUUCAGCAUUCAUUUUUCUGCUAAGAAAAAAGAUUUGUGGUGUCCUCAGAUAUUUAGUGUGCCAAAAGUGUUGUAAGGGUAGCUGAGGACUGUGAGGGAAUGUGGUAGGAGCAGAGCUGGCUGCUCUGCCAGCCAUGGCUCCAGGCUAAUUGGAGCAGGAGCACUGCCGAGACCAAAAUACCAACCCUGAGAGCCAUAGGGCAUAGCCAGGCCAGGGUGGUGAGCUCUGCUAAUAGGGCAGUGUGGCUAUCUGGUCAGCCCCACAGUGCUGGGAGGAAGGACCGUGUCAGGACAACUGCCAGCAGCUGAUGGCCGUUCCUCCUAUUAGUUAAGCAGGUUUUCCAAGUUUAUAUGUUGUUGUAGUAUUUUCUUUUCCCUGGCCUCUCUCCUUGGGUCAAGAAAAUGUGUAGUCUGGAGUCCUUUUGUUUAGCUCUUAGCUUGGGAGUGGGAAAAAGUUACUCAUUGCUGAGCUCUCAGGAUAAUUUAAUUUCCUGGGUCUCCAGGCUGGUGAUUUAUUCUGGUGUCACUUAAGAGUUUUUAGCAAGAGCAUCUAGGAGCUGAAUUGGCAGAAAUGAUGUGCCAAGGUACAGGUAAGUAUUCUUCGAAAAAAGGAAAUAAACGUAAACGUUACCAAGAAUGUCAAAACAGAGCAGGAGCUUCCGUUAGUUUGUGUGUACUUUAGUGUUAUCUGUGCUCAUCAGCCUCCCCACUCUAUGGUUGUCUUUGUUUUCAUUUUCGCAUGAACACAAUGAUGGGACUUCCAGACUGAGGUAUUUCAGGCACCGUGUCUUACGCAACUUGCUCUUAAGCAGCUGAGACAUGGGUGCCUAUCUGUGUAUGACAAGGAUUAGUUUGUUGCUUAUUUAAUAGGGAUCUUGAAAACUUGUUUAUAACUGUUUACAUACAAUUUUUUCAACAAUUCUGAUUGCCUAAGGCUACAGCAUGUUCACUGUGCUUAUGCGCAGCGUAUAACCCCCAUGUGGCCUCAGGCAAAUGGAGUGGUUAAAAGAUUUAUGCACUGUGCGGAUAAACAAAAUCUGGGAGAAUUUGCCUGAGGCUUUGCCUGGAUUGGCGAAAUGGUGUGAUUUUAAAACGUGAGGAUUAGUACCUGGCAUUUCUCAUAAAGGCUGAUUUGAUGAGGAAAAACCUGUGCUGGAGUGCUGGUUUUAUAAGAAACCCCAUUGAGGUGUGGUAUGUGCAAAGCACAGUUACCAAGUAUCGUCAUAUAAAAACAACCCUCUCUCCUGGAUGUAACUGAAGUAAAGAAAUGCCUCAAAGAUGUUCAAGAAUUUCCCCAACCGAUCAGUGCGAAGAACAGAGAGAUGAGAAUUUGGGAAAUCUCUUUUUCUGAUGGAGGAAAUGAAGACAGGACUGCCAAAACACCCGGCAGGUUCUGAGCUGGUCCUGAGCUUCGUGAAGGGUUCCCUGGAGCCCAGAAACACAGGGAAGGCUUCCACAGAGGUGGGGAUUCUACCUGCAGCAUUUCCCACAAAACUCUAGUCAGGGAGAGGGGAAAAAAGAGUAUCCAGAGGGUCUGGAAAGCUUUGCACACUCUUUUAAACUGCAUACGAGGGGCUCUACAUAAUUAUGAUUCUGCUAGUAGAGUGACUGAUUCUCUUUCAGUAUCACAGAAUCACAGGGGUUGGAAUGGGACCUCUGGAGAUCGAGUCCAACCCCGUGCUGAAGCAGCUUCCCUACAGCAGGUCGCACAGAAAAGCAUCCAGACGGGUCUUGAAUUCAUCUUCAGGGAAGGAGGCUCUGACUGGCUCAGCCUGAAGCGACCUAAAGAUGUCGGCUCGGCUUUGAACGCAAGACAGCAGGAUGCUAAUUACAUUCGGAUUUCCCACAGUGACCCUUUCCUCAACUAGUAUCCAUCAGUGCUCCUCCAGGGUUCUGAAUCUUCCUGGUCUUCUGAGGAACGAGAAGUAAUGAUGGAAGUAGCAAAGAUUUUACAAAGAGGGAGUUUUCAAAACCCCGAGCUGUGGAAUAGGUUCUGAAAUCCAGCCCUUGGCAACUCCUGAUUGAAGCCUAAAGCCACCCUCAGCAGUCUUCCCAGAGCUACUGUGUCACCUAAAGGGCAGCUAUGGACCCCGAGGCCGAGGUGAAGAAGCAGGUGAACCCCUUCUACUGCAACAUUUGCAAAAUCUGGUGUGCUUCCGCAUUAAACCUGCAGACUCACUUCCUUGGAUUCAAGCACAAGAAGGUUGAAGAAGCCCUGAAGGCUCACGGCAUUGUUAAAACUGCGAGUGGCACAGGGGACCAAGUGAAAGCACCCGUAAAACUUCCUGGUUAUGUGCAAACUAAGCCAGAAAGGUAUCAUGGACAGACCUUGGAAGAACAGCUUAAUACAUGUAAAGAUUCAGAACCUGCACUUGGACUUAAUUAUAUAAUUGAAUAUCGAUCAAAAGAUAAUUUUCCUUUUCUUUAUGAGUGUCAACUGUGCCACUGCAAAACAGGACUGAGCAACAUGUUCAUGCAUGUUUGUGGCUCCAAGCACAGGCUGGCAUACCUGAAACAACAUUAUCCUGAGAUAGCAGAAUCUGAUGAAGUUAAGGGUAAAGGCUCUGAACUGAACAGAAAAGUUAGGCAAGUUGCAUUAACAAUUGAGAAGAAAGAAGGAAGAAAACAAUUAAAGGUUGUUAUAGAAGCUCCAGUAAUCAGGAAAAGAUGGCAAGAAUAUCCCAAUGCAGAUGACAGCCCUUCAAAAGCUAAAGUUCAGCAUGUGGAUACGUCGCUUAGUAAUGAGGAAGGAAUAGACUGUAAAAAUAAGGAUGGAAAAUUGCGAGAUCCAAUUCAAGAAGAAAAGAGUGUUCAAGAGGAGCAGGAAAACUGUCAGAAAGAACAGGCAAUACCAGAUGAGAAGGUUGAAACUAAUAAGGCUGUUGAAGGCACUAAAGGCAACCUCACUGAAGAAAGCAGCAGUUCUGAAAAAUGUGAGACCAAUAUACAACUAGAGGAAGAAAACGAGGAAGUUGAGCAAACAUCUGCAGCAGCUGCUGAAGAAUUCACUAGUCAGGAAGAGCUGUUGAGUUACCUGCAAAGUUUUGAGAUACUGAAUGAAGAUGAUGCUGCCUUUAUCCUAAAAGUCACACAGACUCUCACAGAUGCAUUGGUGGAAUAUCGUCAGCAAGCCGCAUCAAAAAAAGACCUCUUAGAUAAUGAACGUAAUGGAGAAGAAGCGUUGGAACGUUCUACAGAACAAUCUGAGCUGACUUCUGCAGAUAUUAGUGAUUCUGAUACUGACUAUUCAUGCAGCCGAUCAGCUAAGAAGUCCUUAUCAAUAAAUGAGGAGGAUGAACUGCAGAACUUUUCAACUGGCUCUUUGGACACAGCAUAUGAGAACAACAUCACCACUGAAUUUUUGAACAGCGUGAGAAAUAUGAAUGUUGAGGAAGUUACUGCUACUCUACAUAAAAUAGCGGCUACAAAUCCAGCUUUCAGAGGAAUGGAUAUUCCAAAUGUUGUAAAGAUCCUGACUGAAAGUGGGACUCUGAGAAGACCAAGCAAUGGCAGCACACACUGACGUGGUAGUUAGCAGAGUUAAUAUUGCAGUGUUUACUUUCUGUAAGUUUUAAAUCAUUCUUUUGCUUAAUAUGAACUCAAUGUAACUGAUUUUGCUAUAUCCAAAUACUGCACGAUGUUCUUUUAAUUAAUAAUUUGGUUUUGAGAUUCUUAUUAUUUUCUCCUAUAGUGAAAAUAUUUGUGGAAAAGUUAAAUUUAAUGUUAUUUCCAUUUCCAUUGGCCUGUAUUUUUAAAUGAGUAGCCAUUAUUUUCCUAAAUAUCUUUUACAUAUUAGCAGUCUGAUCUUUUCUUAUCGAUUCUUAUGGCUCUUUGUAAGAGUUAAUCACAGAACUGUAGGGGUUGGAAGAGACCUCUGGAGAUCAUGUAAUCUAACCCCCUACUAAAGCAAGUUCCGUACAGUAGGUUGCACAGGAGGUCAUGCAGAUGGGUCCUGAAUAUCUCCAGAGAAAAAGACUCUACAACCUCUCUAGUGUUCUGUCACCCUCAUGUUUGUAUGGAACUCCCUGCAUUCCAGUUAGUGCCCAUUGCCCCUUGUUCUGUUUCUGGACACCACUGAAAGGAGCCUGACCACACCCACUUGACUCCUGUCCUUUGGAUAAGUCUUGAUAAGCUCCCCCCUUAUUUUUUUCUUCUCCAGGCUAAACAGUCCCAGGUCUCUCAGCCUUUCCCAUAAAUGAGGUGCUCCAGGUCCUCAUCGCCUUUGUGUCCCUUCACUGGACUCUCUCCAGAAGUUCCCUGUCUUUCUUGAACUGGAGAGUCCAGAAUUGGGCACAGUACCCCAGAUGUGGCCUCAUCAGGGCAGAGCAGAGGGGGAGGAGAACCUCCCUUGAUUUGCUGACCGUGCUCUUUUUCAUACACCUCAGCAUCCCAUUGGCCUCCUUGACUACAAGAACACACUGCUGGCUCAUGAUCAGCUUGCUGUUCACCAGGACACCCACGUCCUCUGUAGAGCUCCUCUCCAGCAGGUCAUCCCCUAACCUGUACUGACAUACGUGGUUAUUCCUUCUCAGGUGUAGGAAUCUGCACUUGCCCUUGUUGAACCUCACCAGGGUCUUCUGUGCCCAACUCUUGAGCCUGUCCAGGUCUCACUGAACGGAAGCGCAGCAUUCUGGUGUGUCAGUCACUCCUCCCAGCUUUGUAUAAUCAGCUGAGGGUGCAUUCUGUCCCUUCAUCCAGGUUAUUGAUGAGAAUAUUGAGCAAGACCAGACAUUGUACUGACUCUCGGGGAGCACUGCUAGCUACAGGCCUCCAACUAGACACUACACCACUGAUCACAACCCUCUGAGCUCUGCCAGUCAGCAAGUUCUCAAUCCGCUCCGCUGUCUGCUCGUCUAUUCCACACUUCCUAAGCUUGCCUAUGAGGAUGUUGGAGACAGUAUCAGAAGCCUUGCUGAAGUUAAAGUAUACUACAUCCACUGCUCUCACCCAUCUACCCAGCUGGUCAUGACAUCAUAGAAAGGUACCAGAUUGGUCAAGCAUGAUUUCCCCUUGGUGAAUCCAUGCUGACUACUAAUAACUUUCUCUUCUACUACAGCAGUCAGCAGUACAAAUGCAUCCUACACCAAACAGUCAAAUUAUCCCCUGUGGCUUCAAGACCAUACUGAAAAGCUAUUGAAAUUAGGGGUAUCCUCCCAUAUAAGGAUUAUGAAUUGGUCUCCUGUUUUUCAAUAAAGAUUAAAUAUUAUAACAAAUCAGUGAUGCCAGUUCAGUUCUGAGUUAAGUGCAUGGAUUAUAGGUAACUUUGGGAGAGUAGUUAACUGGAAGUGUUAGCAAACUCAGCAGAGGUUGACUUACUUGCAAAUUCAGGGGUAUAUCCCAAGAGAUGUAACCAGACUAUACUUAAGAAACGCUGACAUGGUAGUGAAAGAAUCUUUUGUCUUCUUUUAUUUUACCAGUAUAAGCACAAAGUGAAAGCUGGCUUAUACUGUCCUUCAAUUCAUGCUCUUUUAAAGUGAGGUGGGUUUUUUUUGUUUGUUUUUUUACCUAUAGUAAUAGUGUUAUUGACUGUAUAUAGACAGAGAUUCUGUAUGUUAGCUGCUGUUAAUUUUGUAGGAUGAUAGAAAAAUGUUUGGAAUGGUUACAGGCUUAUGUUUGGGGAAAAGAACUGAAAAAAAUUAAAUUGUGUGGGUCAGAUUUGCUUCCUGAGUAGCAUUCAGUGCUUCUGAUUAAAAUUCUUCAGCAUUGCAGUCGAAAGUUGGUAUAAUACAGACAUGGCGGAGCCAGAUUGCAAACAAACCUUUUAAUGUUAACUUACUGUUUUUGGACGUCUGGAUGAAAUUGAGAGUCCUCAUCUUUGUGUUUUCACAUCUUCACAUCCUGGAAUGCAAGAUGCCAUGAAAAAAUAAGGUAACAAAGAAAGCAGCAGUUAAGGAGUAUGGUUAGCUAGGAAUGAAAACAGUUCAUUGACAGUUAAAGAAGUUAAAACACAAAACAAUUACUUCUUUAAAGUAAUAAUGAAAAAGCUCUGGAAUGCCUUUAAAUAUGUUCUCAUCAGAAACAGAGGUGGAACAGUAGCUCUUCCAGCUUGUUUUCACUAUAAUAGGGACAGCGUUCAUGUCUACUUGAUGAAGAUAUGCUUGAUCAGUAAAAACAGCUUAGAGGUUACCUGGAAUACAAAUAUGUUCCUGAAGUAUCUGCAAUAGUAGCAGCUUCAUGUUUUUGUUUUCAUAGUGCAGAACGUUCUAUUAAUUAAAAUAAUAGCCUAUUCAGCUCUUGUAAAUGGCCACCUCUGGAACAGCUUCUUUUUCACUGGCUGUGGAAUCCUUCCUAAUGGAAAUAAAAUUAAGGGGAAAUAACUUGGAUUUAAGUAUUUUUUUUUCCUCAGGUCCAUUAAGCACAUGCUGAAAAUGGAAAGACUUCUGAAUCUAUAGCACACUGAUAUAGAAUGGUUUGAAUGAUGUGUUGCAGAGUGCCACUGUACUUCUCAAAGACAAAAUAGCAAAUGCAAAAAUGACAAAGUGUAUGCUUCUGGAAAUGUUUUUGGAAAGAAUGUCUAACAUAGCACAUUCAGUUGGACAAUUAAUCUCCCUUUAAAGCUUUCUUUUCUGGUGCAAAUAGAGGCUCUAAAAGAGCUAGAUUAUUUUGUUUGUUCUUCUGCCUGCCUGUGUUUUGUGAUGGCUUGGUAUGUUCUCACGCUAACAGAAAACUGUAUACCUAUUCCAAAACAGUUCUUAAGGAUAACAUCUAACUUAUGCCAGAAUUGUGUGGUUUAAAAGAGUGAGGCGUCAGAGAGCUUUGGGGAAAUUGUCUUCAACAAAAUUGCAGAACUUGAACAUCUCUUAGAAGGCAUAAAGUGGAAAAGAGAAGGGCAUUCACAGGUGAACUGACAGGAAAUGGAAGGUUUUGACUGUGCAACAGAAGACUCACUGUCUGGUGUAGGUUAUGAUGAGCUCUGGUUAUAAAGUUCUGGAAAUGUUCUGCUCUUACAGAACCAUAAAAUCAUUAAGGUUGGAAAAGAAGUCCAGCCACCAACCCAUCCUCACCCUGCCCACUAAACCAUGACACUCAGUGCCACAUUUACACCUCUCUUGAACACCUCCGGCAGUGGUGACUUCACCACCUCCCUGGGCAGCCUGUUCCAAUGCAUUACCACUCUCUCUGAGAAUAAAUGUCACCUAAUAUCCAACCUGAAUCUCCCCUGGCACAAUUUAAAGCCGGUAUGUCUCAUUCUAUUGCUAGUUUCCUCUUGUUUUGCUUCCUGUUUCUUCUAGGACUGUCUUUCUCAGUAAAGAAUUGGUUAUCCCUCUUGAAGCAGCAGGCCCUGUCUUGUGAGUUUGAUCUAGGUAUCAAUGUACGUAAUCCAUAUAGUGUGCCUGAAGGUAUGGCACUCUAUGUGAAACCUGAAAUGCUAAUAGUGACUGCAUUGCCUUCACUGAAAUUAUUCUAAAGGCUUUUAAGUGUUUUUCUACUUUGUAAAUGCAAAUACUGCUUGGGUUUUUUGUUUGUUUGUUUUGUGAGAGGAAAUGUUAUUACCUGAAUUCAUUUUAGAAGCAUAAUUAAAAAUAUUCUCAUGGAGCACAA